GGUAUGUGUCCCUUGUCGUCUAAAUCUCUCUCUCACACACACUCCUAACACAGUCUGCUCUGGUCGGCAACGAAGCUUCAGCCUCAGCAACACCCUUCUUCUUCUUCUGCCUUCACUUGUUGUUUCUAUGCGUCUCUGAGAGAACCCACUUGAGCUUUUCACACAGACAGAGAAGCCGACCCUUUACAGUUCACAUCCACAAAGUCACAGCACACACCAACUCUCUAGAUUUUUUGGACUUCAUAUUUCAGAGGAAUUCCAAAUCCUGGUGGACUUUCAUCUGUCAUAUUUCUGCUUCUUCUGAAAGAGAGCUGCAUUUUCACUGAGUCAAGCAAUAUUCCAUACAAGGAAUUUUUAUGCUGUAAAGGUUCAAUAGUUUGUUUGACAUUAUGAUUACAGUAAUGGAUUCUGUAAGAGAUCCCAUGAACAACAACUCAAAGAAUUGGUUGGAUUCUAAAUUCUGGCAUGCCUGCGCUGGUGGCAUGGUUCAAAUGCCACACAUCAACUCUAAAGUCUUCUACUUCCCUCAGGGACAUGCUGAGUGUGCCCAUGGGAAAGUAGAUUUUGGGAAUUGUAGAAUUCCUCCACUCAUUCUUUCCAGGAUAUCUGCUAUUACAUAUAUGGCAGAUCAUGAAACGGAUGAGGUUUAUGCGAAAAUGAGGCUGAUACCAAUAAGAGAGAAUGCUUUUGAUCUUGAGGAUGAGUUUGUGGAAAACAAUGGAACAGUUGAGAAUCCUGAAAAACCCACAUCAUUUGCCAAGACAUUGACCCAAUCUGAUGCUAACAACGGGGGAGGGUUCUCCGUGCCUCGUUACUGCGCAGAGACUAUCUUCCCACGCUUGGAUUACUCCGCUGAGCCACCUGUUCAGACCAUUCUUGCAAAGGAUGUGCACGGUGAGAUUUGGAAGUUUAGGCAUAUUUAUAGAGGUACUCCUCGUCGUCACCUCUUGACAACAGGAUGGAGUAAUUUUGUGAACCAGAAGAAGCUUGUUGCUGGAGAUUCUAUUGUGUUUUUCAGAGCAGAAAGUGGGGAUCUUUGUGUUGGAAUUAGAAGGGCUAAAAGAGGAAUUGGUGGUGGACCUGAAUACCCUUCUGGAUGGAACCCUGCAGCUGAAAAUUCUGGCUCUCAUUAUCGGAGUUAUUCUGGCUUCCCAAGGGAGAAGGGCAAUCACUUGAUGGAAAGAAAUUCUAGUGGCGAGUGGAGAGGUAAAAUCAGGGCUGAAUAUGUUAUUGAAGCUGCAACUCUUGCUGCCAGUGGCCAGCCCUUUGAGGUUGUGUACUAUCCUCGUGCAAGCACACCAGAGUUUUGUGUUAAGGCCACAUCUGUUAGAGCUGCAAUGCAAAUUCAAUGGUGCUCAGGAAUGAGGUUCAAAAUGCCUUUUGAAACUGAGGAUUCUUCUCGGAUAAGCUGGUUCAUGGGAACCAUAUCUUAUGUUCGGGUUGCAGAUCCCAGCCGUUGGCCUGAGUCUCCAUGGCGCCUUCUACAGGUUGCAUGGGACGAGCCAGAUCUGCUCCAAAAUGUGAAACGUGUUAGCCCAUGGUUGGUCGAAUUGGUAUCAAGCAUACCAGCCAUCCAUCUUUCUCCCUUCUCUCCGCCAAGAAAGAAGCUGCGACUUCAACAUAACCCACACUAUUCCCUUGUUAGCCAAUUUCCAAUGCCUUCAGUUUGUAGCAACUUCCUAAAUUCGAGCAACCCCUUAUGUAGUGUAUCAGACAAAAUAUCAGCGGGCAUACAGGGAGCCAGGCAAGCUCAAUUUGAACUAUCUUCAUCGGAUGUCUUCUUCCACAAACUUCAUUCGGGUAUGUUUCCAGUUGGUUUUCAAAAACUUGGUCAUUUUGCCCCUUCUGGAAUCCCUGAGGGCAACUUCAUGCACGUGGCUGAAAGCAAUGAGAAUAUUUCUUCUUGUCUGACAAAGGAAAUUCCCUCCCAGAGUUUGAAGGGCAAUGGUGAGAUAAAGACGCCUCACAUAUUUUUGUUUGGUCAGCUAAUUCUUACAGAGCAACAGAUGUCUAAGAGCUCCUCUGGAAAUUGUUCCGAUGGCUCUGGCUCUGGCUCUGCAUCACAUCGCAAUGGUUCGGUGGAAAAUUCAUCUGAUGAAGGGUCUCCCUGGAACAAAGAUCAUCAGAAAAGCAAUGUUAGUUUGGAGACAAGUUAUUGCAAAGUGUUCAUUCAAUCGGGGGAUGUGGGGACCCUUGAUCUCUCUGUCCUUGGAUCAUACAAAGAAUUGUAUGGAAAGUUAGCCGACAUGUUUGGCUUGAAAAAUUCUGAGAUGCUGAGAAAUGUGCUUUACCGGGAUGUAGAAGGUGCUAUUAAACACACUGAAGAUGAACCCUUCAGUGAGUUUUUGAAGACAGCUAGAAGACUUUAUAUGGGCUGAGGUCCGUAAUUGUGAUGCUUCAUGCCUUGGCUUCAGGACCAAUGGAUCUUGAAGAUACCAUAGAAGUAAAUAAACUUCUCUGGUACAUAACGGUGGUACUCGUAGAUUCAGUCAAUGAAAAUGUAGGAAGAUAGAGAAUGAGAAACUCUCCUUUAUUGACAUUAUUGUACAGUUGCUUUUCUUCAUCUUUCUUUUGAUGUUUCAAUUUCUUGUAGUAAAUCCGGGUUAAAUCCCUCUCCACCAAAUUGUGGAUUAUUCUAAUUCAAUUUCAAGUUAUUUUUCUAGGGACCUGGUUAUGUAUUC